AUGCUGUACCUGACUGAUCUGGAUUAUGAUGCAGAAGCGGGACACAACAUUGCUGAAAUUGAGAUAUUCGGAUUAGGUGAGAUGAACCGGUCUGUCAGGCGGUGCGACAUUUUGCCGAUAGUACGAUCUAAAGCAAAAAGCUGGUACAAAGACUCAUCUAAUGAAGCUACACAUUAUGCUCCUGAGAAAGCCUAUGACGGAGAUUACACGACUACAUAUAGGGUGAAGGACAUUGAUGCUGAAGGAAACUUCUUGAAACUGUUCUUGUCACAAAAGUACAGAAUAGGCACAGUGAAGCUGACAAACGUAAAGGAAGAUUGUUGCGAGCAAAGAAUACUUGGCACAGUGGUCAUGGUGUACUCAACUGAGGGGGAGGAAGAAACGAAAGUUGCAGAUUGCGGUGAAGAAAUAACUGAUUACGACGACAGUGUAGAAUUCCAGACAUUCUCUCUGGACUGUAAAGGAGCUGCAGGUGAUAUGAUCUACAUCACUGAUACAGAACUUGAUCAACAUGAAAAUCAUGGAAAAAGCCUAGGUCACCUUAUAUCUGAAGCAAAUGUAUUAGAAGCAAAAGAAGAAACCUGCGGGAGUCUUCCACAAAUUGAUCGUUUGGUGACAAAAGUAAAGUUUCCGAUCGUAGAAGAUACAGUGAUAGAAAUCAGUUGUAACCACCCGUGGUAUGGCUUGUCAGGAGCUCACAUGAUAACUUGUGCUAAAGAUCAAGAGUUCAUCUUUGAGGAAGCACCUUCUUGUACUAAAGAUGUGGGACUAUCCUGCCUGCCACUAGACACAAAGAAAGAAGAGCAAGCGUACCUACCUGUAAAGACGACGGGUGGAGAUGUGACCUGGGACAAACUAACCUGGGCAGUGGUGGACCAAUCUGGAGAAGUUAUAGUAUCUCACACCUGUCUGGAAAAAUGUGGUAUAAAUGAGAUGUUCUUAAAGGUUGAUGUUGCAGGAGUGUAUGAGUACCGUGUGAAGAUGCUGAAGGAGGGAGAGGAGUUGGAAUGUGGCAGCGAGCUUUUUGUUGACUUUGGUAAGGUUUUUUAACAUAAUUAUAUAGCAUUAGAGCUCUAACA